AUUACGCCACACUAAAAAAGAAUAACAAAAAGCAGUAAAAAAGGCGCUUAAAAAUUGCUAUGCUUUUUGGGGUUUUAGCUUCAUCCAUUUUAGGGCAAGAAUAUAAAGGGGAAUUCAUAAAUUAGUUAACUUUAGAUGUUUGGGCUAUCUUUAAUUGCACCCACUACUUCACUUACGGCUUCUGCAAGAGGCAGGCUAGUUGUUAAAAUGGCAGCAACCCCAACUGUGAAUUUAGGAAAAUCGGUAGAGUCGGUUAUUGUGAAGCAGCCACCGGUGCACCCUACUUAUGAUUUAAAGGCUGUUAUUAAGUUAGCUCUUUCUGAAGAUGCUGGAGAUAAAGGAGAUGUGACUUGCUUGGCCACCAUACCAACUGACAUGGAAGUUGAAGCUUAUUUUCUUGCCAAGGAUGAUGGAAUUAUUGCAGGAAUUGCACUUGCUGAAAUGAUAUUUAAAGAAGUUGAUUCUACAUUAAAGGUGGAAUGGUUUAAGAAGGAUGGAGAUAAUAUUAGCAAAGGACUGAAGUUUGGCAAAGUGUAUGGAAGGGCAUACAGCAUCGUUGUAGCCGAAAGGGUCGUGCUCAAUUUUAUGCAGAGGAUGAGUGGCAUUGCCACACUCACAAAGGCCAUGGCAGAUGCUGCUCAUCCUGCAUGCAUUUUGGAAACAAGAAAAACUGCUCCGGCAUUGCGUUUGGUGGAUAAGUGGGCGGUACUAAUCGGUGGGGGCCAGAAUCACAGGAUGGGUUUAUUUGAUAUGGUAAUGAUAAAAGACAAUCAUAUCUCCAUUGCUGGAGGUAUCUCAAAUGCCCUCAAAUCUGUUGACCUUUAUUUAGAGAAAAAUAAUCUUCAAAUGGGAGUUGAGGUGGAGACUAGGACAUUUGAAGAAAUACACGAGGUCCUAAAAUAUGCUUCUGAGAACAAAACAUUGUUAAGCAGGAUAAUGUUGGAUAAUAUGGUGGUGCCUCAACCUGAUGGUGAUGUUGAUGUAUCCAUGCUUAAAGAAGCUGUGGAGAUAAUUAACGGGAAGUUUGAGACCGAGGCAUCUGGAAAUGUUACCCUGGAAACGGUACACAAGAUUGGACAAACUGGAGUUACAUACAUAUCCAGUGGAGCACUGACACACUCAGUGAAAGCAGUUGAUAUAUCCCUGAAAAUUGAUACAGAGCUGGCACUUAAAGUUGGAAGGCGCACUAAACGAGCAUAGUAUUUUGUAUAAUUCGAGAGUUGGAUUGUAUCCCAUGUGCAAGAUUAUUGUCCCAUAACCAUAACUUAUGAUUUCUCUACUUGGUCGUAGAACGAGUUUUAGGGAAUAAAGUCAUGGAACAUGCUCUUAAAGGAGAUGCAUGAAUUCCAUCCCUGGCAUUAUUUUAUAAACCAAAUCUUUGAUUUUUAUCGUUAACAUCAAACUUAUCUCUUUUUUUUCUCU